AUGAGACCCAUGUCCGCGACUUGGCUCUUGCUCGCCUGCGUCGUCUGCCAGCUGGGCUGGCUCAUGGCGCGUGAGAUCGGCAGAGUGGAGGACGACCUGGCCGUGGCCGCGUCUCAUCAUCAUCAGCAUCACGAGGAAGGUGGCGGCGGUGAACAUCACUCCGAUCAUCAUAGCAAGCACGGCGACCACAGCGAUAAGGGGUACAAGUCAUCUCAUCAUCAUGACAAAGGGGAGAAGGGACACCACGACAAGGACAAGCACUCUGGCCACUACGGCGAGGAAGAGGGCCACAAGAAGAGCCACCACCACGAUGAUGGCUACUAUGCCGAGCACCACAAAGGCGAGAAGGGAGAGAAGGGUCACAAGUUUCACGAGGAAGGUCAUUAUGGGAAGGGACACAAGACCCACGGUCACCACGAGGUGCACAAGCUAGACGAGUUCAAGAAGGACAAGGAGUUCUUCGAUGAACAUCACGAUUCUGGACAUCACGAGGAUCAUGGUGGUCAUUAUCAUGAGCAUGGGCACAAGAAGGGUGGACACUUUAAGAAGGGACAUCACGAUCAUGGCGAUCACGAGGAUCAUUACGGGAAGAAGGGACACUACGAGAAGGGGGAUCAUCAUCACGAUCAUAAGGGGCACAAAAGCGAGGGUGGACACGACGAGCAUCAUGAUCAUCAUUCUCAUCAUGGGAAGAAAGGAGGCCAUGAGGAUCACAAGAAGUGGGGUUUUAAGAAAGGGCAUUGA